UUUUCCUAACGAGGGUAUUAGUCUCCAUGUAGAAUCUCUCUCUAUCUUUCUUCUUUCUUCUGCACCUUAUGGCUUCCUUCCACACUCUAAGUCACUACUUCAGUCACAUCCCUAUGCUUCUCAAAACAACUCCUUCAGCUUCACAUUUCAUGCAUUAGUUGCUGAGAGGCCUAUAUACACUAAUCUAGCUUCAGCGUUUCUUUUCUUUGUUUUUAACUCAUGAUUUUGUAACACUUCCGUUGAUUCCAUUUUACUGCUUCGUUUGACUUGGUUUUUCCUUUGUACACUACACUUGUCCGUCCCUCUCCUAUGUUCUCUUCUUUGUAUUACACGUAUGCCUUGAUUUUUGUGCUUUCUCAAUUCCCUUUUGCACCCUUUCUUUCGGCUUCUGUACAUCUGAAUAAACAUAUGUGCAAACUUUGAAUUGAAUAAAUCAAAACCUGUGGUUUCUGUUUCUUCUUCACGUUUGUGUUAAACUGAUCUGAACAAUUAUCAACCCCGCCAUGAUGUGAAGUUACAGAUAGUUAGCAAUAAGGUGUAAAGGCUUGGCUGAUCAACAUCAAAGAAAAAGAAUCAGGAAGCAGAAAGCUGAAAAAAAGCAUUUUCCUACAAAAUGAGUUAGUAUGUCUAGUAGAAAAGUAUACCUAUGUGGAACUUUGGUGGUGGCAGUUGCAGGUUUUCUCACAAUUCCUCAGCUGAAAAAAUGAGAAUUCUGGAAGAGUCACCUUCAUAUGCCCAUGGUUCCUCCUCCGCAGGUCAAGAGCCUCAGGAUGCAGAUUAUGAUGUUCCAUGUCUCAGUGAUGAGCUAGAGACCAUGAUACUGGCAAGAUUUCCAAUACCAAAACACUGGAAGAUGUGUUGUCUAAGCAAGCGGUUUCUGACCCUUCUGAAGAGUGGUGAAAUCUACAAAAUCAGGAGGGUGAUAGGGUUCAAGGAGCCAUCAGUUUUUAUGUUAGCAAGUGGAGAGAAGAAUUGGUGUGCAUUUGAUGGCCACUUCAGGUCCUGCAGGAAGCUUCCUAUCAUUCCAUCAGAUUACAAUUUUGAGUGGGGGAACAAGGAGUCAUUUUCUGCAGGGACCUAUAUCUUUGUUUCAGGAAAAGAGGUUGAUGGUGGUGUUGUUUGGAGGUAUGAGUUAGCAACAAAUGAGUGGUUCAAGGGUCCUUCAAUGCUCAGUCAAAGGUGCCUCUUUGCAUCAGCCUCUUGUGGUACCAUGGCUUUUGUUGCUGGUGGAAUUGAGACAACAACUAGGGAGGUUUUGAGUUCUGCUGAGAAAUACAACUCAGAAAGCCACAUUUGGGAGCAACUUCCAAGGAUGAUACAAAAGAGGAAGUCUUGCUCAGGUUGUUACUUGGACAACAAAUUUUAUGUGCUUGGAGGGCAAAACGAGCAGAAGAAAGACCUCACUUGUGGGGAAUUCUAUGAUGAAGACACAAACACUUGGAACUUGGUUCCUGCCAUGUUCAAAGAUAUUCCUCUUUCAACUCCAAGAUCCCCUCCUCUUAUUGCUGUUGCCAACAAUGAGUUGUAUACCCUUGACGCUUCCUCAAAUGAGCUAAAGGUUUAUCUUAAGAAAAGCAACUCAUGGAAGAAGUUAGGACCAGUUCCAGUGAGAGCUGAUGCACGACUAGGUUGGGGUGUGGCUUUCAAAUCCUUGGGAAAUGAGUUGCUUCUUAUUGGGGAUACCUCUGCCUCCUACUCACAACGUGCCGUGAUGAAGAUAUACACUUGCUUCCCUGAUCCACAUGUUGAGAAAUUGAAGUGGAAGCAAAUUGUAUGUAGCAGCACCAACCUUCACCCCUUUAUUCACAAUUGUGCUGUCAUGUUAGCUUGAACCUUGAUGCCAAUCUCCAAAAAGUAUAAGGAAUAUAUAAGAAAAGUUUGUUGGUUAUUAGUAUGGAGUUUGUCUUUUUUACUUCAUGCUUCUGUUGUUAAUUUGAUCUUUGUUUAAUUCUUGUAAGCCACAUGAAGGUGUCACUUCAUGAAACUCCUUGAGUGUCUUAGGCUAGUUA